AUGGCCAACGGAUUUCUGUAUAAUUCCGAUAGAGCCAAGUAUCAAUCAAGAAUUGAUGGAAUGACGGCGCAGUACACGUUGAAACAUCUGGAUUUGAAACAACGUUGUACAUUUCCAACUACUUUGGAAAAUGCUGCUGAUGUUUUGAAUCAACACAAGCACAAUAAUAGGAAGAAGAAUUCGAAUGGAGGAAAUUCAAAUAGACAAGGAAAACAAAUCAAGUCAAACAACAAUCAAAAUAACGGAGCUCAGUUUUUGCAACAACAAACUCGAGCGUGUUUUGUAUGCGGAUCAAAAGAUCAUAUCGCACCUCAAUGUGCAGACAAAUUGAAGCCGCAGAAACAAUGGAAAAACCCGGACAAAUAUAGGGAUUAUUUGGACGUGAAUGGUCGUGGUAAUCGACAGAAUAUGCAACGUGAUGAGAAUGCAAUGCGUGAUGAUAAUGAAUCGGGAGAUUCAAACACUCAAUGGAAAUAUGGACGUUCCAACAAUGGAUCCCAUGAAGGACAAUUUGUUCAAAGAGGACAUACUGACAAUCAUCCAAGACAACAAGGGAUGAUGUUAUUUCAACACAACAAUACUGGUAUCCACUUGGAUAGUGGAUCUACUUUUCAUUUGCGAAUCAAUGAAGAUGACUUUAAAGAAGGAAAUCUGCAAGGAUUCCAUUAUGCCUCUAAUCUUGAGGGAAGGGAACUUUAUCAAGAAGGAAUUGAUAAGGUAUUUGAUUCUGUUUGUAAGCUUGAUACACGAGCUAGUGACAACGUCAACAGCUUGUCAAAUAUGGUACAAGAUGGAUUUGAUGUAUUUAUGGACACAAAGAGAGAGAACAGCUUCUUUGUGACUAAAAACGGCACUACAUGGCGAUUUGGACAUCGCAAUGGAUUAUAUACUUUGGUUGACAAACCUGCUAUGGUAACAACAAUGUUUCAUGACCAUGCACGUGGACUUGAUAAUAAUGAUGUGCAAGGGUACUGUGCUCUACAGAGUGUGGAGAAGAACAAAGAGGUUUUCACAAACAAACAAGUGAAACGAGCAAAUGUUGCACGAAGUGGCUAUCAUAUGAUGGGAGCACCUGGUGCAGAACUAUUCAAGUUGGCGAUUCGGGGAAAUUUUUUUCAAAAAUUGUCCAAUUACGGAGGAAGAUGUUAA